UCGCAUUUAUAUAUGCGGCCGCUGGACUCUGCGCAUGCGUCAUCCCGUUGUUCUGCGCGGCACAAAGGAGCUGGGCGGAAACAGCGAGAAACGACGCGGAAGGAACUGAAGAAACGAACACGCGGGUCAUGGGCGGAGGGAUACGUUUCCAUGGGAACGCCACGAUCUCGCCCGUAAACCUGAGACCUUCCCCAUGCUGUCCCGCCCCCUCCUCUCCCCCUUUUCUACACCCUCCUUGUCUUCCUUCCCGUAUCCCUACCCCCUGCCUCCAUUCGUUUUCCCCAGUCUAGGGACCCUCAGCCUUAACAAUCUUAGUACGGAUGCAUUAGACCGGCCUAUGAAAGGCUGUACCAUUUAACCGCUGAUGUUGCAGCCGUCGCACCUUUCCGUUUGGGGGACCUGGCCUAGUCAGCUACUCUGUGAUCUUUGGGGCUCAUCAGAGCAACACCUCAGACUGAGCUUUGUGUGGAAGAAGUGACCUCAAUCAGGAGAUCAGGAGCUACCCUCAUUACAACCACGUCACUCCACUUCCACUUCAGAUAUUUCUCAUCUGUAAGUGGGGAAACAAAUGAUGUCACUUGCUCUAAGUAAAAUAAAAAGUAAUCAGGAGGACAAGUUUGAAGAUGCCUGUGAAAGUAUCCCUGUGGCAACGACGAUGAAUCUACCAUCUUCCUUGGAAGAAUGCACCACUGGAUUGUAUUUAUUUCUAAAUAAUAGAUUCUCAGAUGCAAUAAAUCUCAUUCAUCCAUGGUCUAAAAACAGCAUGUACCAUUCCCUAAUGUAUGGUAUCCUUAUGGUUGUCAAGGCCAUACUGACUUUUGAGCCACAUGAUUUACAGAUUGGAAUGAUGGCUGCAAAGGAUGCUUUGAAAACCUGUGACAAUUUCCGAAAAAAAACUAAAAUGACAUUGUCUCAUCUAGUAAGUAGACAGGGAAUAACAGCUAUCACAGAAGAGGAAUUGCAUGCAGAAGUCUGUUAUGCUGAGUGUUUGAUGUUGAAAUCCUUUAUGUCACUUAUACAGGAGGAGAGCAUGCUUGCUUUUCUUAAAAGCGGGAUCAGUGUUGGGUCAAGUUACCACAUAUACAAAGACUGUGAACAAGUAUUAACACAGAUCCCUGACAACCACAGCAAAGCUCACAAACACCUGGUUGGAGGUAUAAAAUUUGGACUUGGAGCAUUCAAUUUGAUGUUAUCACUUAUGCCACCAAAGACACUUAAACUACUCAAUAUUAUUGGAUAUUCUGGUGAUAGAGAAGUGGGCUUGGCUUUGCUUCAUGAGAGUGCAUCUGAAACCCAUAUAAAUAAUAUCUUAAGUCUUUUGACUCUACUCUUUUAUUACAAUUAUGUCUAUGUAGCUUUUGGUGUUGAAAAGGUUUACAAUUCUGCUACAGAGGAUCUCUUCCUAGUCUACCUCCAGAAAUUUCCAAACUGUGUCAUAUUUAAAUUUUUCCAUGCACGUUCUAGUAUGCUGAAAGGAGAUUUUGAAAAUGCACAGUUAAAAUUACAGGAGUGCAUUUUUACUCAGAAUGAAUGGAAGCAGGUUCAUCACCUCUGUUACUGGGAAUUCAUGUGGUGCCACAUUUUACUGCAGGAUUGGAGGCAGGCUUACCACUACGCCAAUCUACUGUCUCAACACAGCAGAUGGUCCAAGGCAAUAUACGUGUACAGUAAAGCUAUCACCCUGGCUUUGCUUCCUUCUGAUUUUGUGAAAUCAGUAAGUGAGGAUAUGAACUCUCUCUUCUUAAAAGUGGAAAGCCUGAAAAUCAAAUUUUUAGGCAGUGCUGUGCCAAUAGAGAAGUUUGUUGCAGAGAAGGGUCAGCGCUAUGGUACUACAACAGGCUGGUUUACAGCCCAGCCCCUUCUGGAGUUCAUAUAUGCCUGGAGUGGUUUCCUAGUCAUGAGCAAAAAGAAUGAGCUUAUUUCAAGCUGGCUGUCAAUAAUCGACAAAGGAGAAGACCUUUUACAAGAAAAUCCACAUAAAGUGUAUGGCACAGAUGACAUAAGUUUAUUAAAUUUACUGAAAGGCCUAUGCCUGAAACACUUAGGCAAAUAUUCAAAGGCUGAGUAUUACUUUAAUUGUGUCAUUCAAAAGAAGAAAUUAUUAAAAUAUGACCACUAUUUGGUGCCAUAUACUUACUAUGAACUGGGAAUCUUACACUAUCUCAAAGGAGACUAUGACAGUGCAACAAAAAACCUAGACAACUGCCAUCUUCUUGGAAACCUCUGUGCCGUGAGAGCCAAGUGGAGGAAGACGCGAAUGCACAGGCUGAAGUGUAAAAGAAGAAAGAUGAGGCAGAAGGCCAAGUCAACCAGUAGCUUGUGUACCCAGAAACAUGGAAUGCCAGAGGCUGGAGAUGCUGGUACAAGUUGUUGGACUGCAUGCUGCUGUCUAAGUGGAUCUAGAGCUUCCAUCACCAUCUGAUCACGGAUACUACCUCUGAUACCCAUCUUGCUUGUAACCAAAACAGCCCAUGUUGGUUCUUUGCCCUGGAACUGUGACAUUCUGUACUAUUUCUCUGUUCCCUUGUGGCUGAGUAUAACAAGCAUACAAUAAAUCACCUCUUCUGCUGCCUUAGCUGAAGAAUUAAAAAAUUUUUAAAAAGACAAAUUUCCAAACAAUGAUGCACCGAAUGGCACAGACUCUGAAUGAUUUUCCAUUAUACACAAUCAUUUUUAUUGGCUUUUUAUACCAGAGGGGCUUGUCCGCCCUGGGUGAUCAGUAGUAUUUCUUACCCUUUUUUAGUAAGAAGCAGAAUGUGAGUUUAUAAUUUGCCACAGAAUAGAGAAGAAAGCCCUCUCCUUCUUCUACACACACAUAAACUCUUUGAAGAUAACUGGGAGAGGCCAAGAAGAUAGAUGCAGUGGCAGUCAGAGGAAAAGUUUUGUUACCACGUAAUCCUCCCUUUACUUGUCCUCCUUAAGGUGUAAUUCUUAAUAAGACCAGCUCUUCAACAUAAUUAAACUGAUGGCAUCUA